GGCGCUGGUCACGUCCGGUCAAGGCCUUUCCCGCCUCUCUCCAAACGGACCGAUAUCGUGAUACACCUGGCUGAGAUGACUGUGUCAAUUACCUAAGUGCGCCUCCGCGGUGAGCAGUUGCGUGCUUUGAACCCAAAGUGAGGAGAAGUUGCCGGGGUUCGCUGCUCCAUCUCUCUCCGGUUCUCUCCCUCCCGUCAGCGCCUACAUAAGAUGGCCGUGUCCAACUCCGUCGAUACGCGCGAGGAGUGUAAGCGCAACUCGGUUUCACACGUCGUGCCGUGCCGUGACAAGCCAAACUCGCCUCUGCGACCAGGUCCAUUAAGCGUGCCUACGUUAGCAGGAUUUGGAAUUAACGCGGCUUCCGACAGCUGGUAGUAAUCGCCGCUCGACUCCUCCCACGUAUAUGAGAAAGCGAUAAAUCAAAGGCAAAAGAGGGAAAGGGGGAGACAAGCAAGAUGGCGGAAAUACCGGAGAAGGGCAAAGAGACCCUGGAGCCAGACGUGGUCGAGGAGCCUACGCGAGUUGUGUCGAGUCUGGAUUCCGCGACCAAACCCGUCCCGCCGCCGGCCGUUCACCGACAGGCCCCGAGGGCCGGCGCGGAUGCUGCGCUCGAGCUGCUCAGGGAGACGGGUGGGCUACGACGGCCGGUGGAUCCCGAGGCGAAUCGGAGGCUGGUGCGGCGCAUCGACACGCACAUCAUGCCUCUGAUCUGCAUCGUCUGCGUCAACAUUAUCCAUUCCGGCCCUUACUUCCUCCAGUACAUUGACAAGACUGCCAUCUCGUACGCUAGCGUCACCGGCAUCGUCGAAUCGACGGGGCUCAAGGGAAACGAGUUCAACUGGGUCGCCUCUAUCUUUUUCUUCGGCCAGCUAGCCUUCGAAUUCCCCACCAUCCGCCUCAUCCAGCUCUUCCCCCUCGCCAAGUAUGCCUCCAUCAACAUCACCCUCUGGGGCGCCGUCCUCGCCUGCCUCGCCGCCUGCAAGAACUAUGCCGGCCUGCUAGUCUGCCGCUUCUUCCUUGGUGUCCUCGAGGCCGCCGUCGUCCCCGCCUGGGUGCUCUUCACCUCCCAAUGGUACACAAAGGAGGAACAGGCCUUCCGCGUCGGCAUCUGGUUCUCUACCUGCGGCGUCGCCCAGAUGUUCGGCGGCUUCUUCGCCUAUGGCGUGGCCGUGCACGUCGGCCGGGACCCUAACGCCCUGCUGCGUGGCUGGCAGGUCAUCUUCCUCUUCCUCGGCCUGCUCACUGUCGUCACCGGUAUCGCCUUCUGGUUCAUCAUGCCCGACUCUCCCGCCGUCGCCGGCUUCCUCGACAAGGAGGAGAAGGGCGCCCACCUCGAGCGCAUCCGGCACAACGAGCAAGGCAUCGGGUCGCAGACUUUCAAGUGGGACCAGGUGCGGGAGGCCCUAGGCGACAGCAUGACUUGGCUCUACGCGUUCUGGAUCUUCGCCGCCAACAUCCCCAACUCGAUCGCCACGUCCUUCGGAAACAUCCUGGUCAAGGGCAUGGGGUACUCGAAUGAGCAGUCUCUGCUCCUGGUGACGCCACUCGGCGCGUGGGAGAUCGUGGCCCUGAUAGGGCUCACGUACGGCGCCAUGAAGACGCGGCAGCGGCUGUACUUCUGCAUCGCGGGGCACAUCCCAGCCAUCGUGGGGGCGAUCCUAAUGGCGACGACGGACCACGUGCCGGCGCUGAUCGGGUAUUACACGAGCGGGGGGAUCCCGAUCGGGUGGACGACGAUCCUGGGCCUGCAGAGCUCCAACGUGGCCGGGUCGACCAAGAAGGUGACGGUAGCCUGCCUCGGCACGGUCGCCUACACCAUCGGCAACAUCAUCUCGCCCCAGACCUUCCAGGCGCGCGAUGCGCCACGCUACCUCCCGGCCAAAAUAUCGAUCUGCAUCAUCUACGUCCUCAUCACGCUCGACCUUGUCCUCAUGCGCUGGGUCCUCGACCGUCGCAACCGCCGGCGCGACGAGGCCAAGGCCGCGGAAGGCGACGCCCACGAGGCCGAGGAGAACCACGAGUUCCUCGACCUGACGGACCUGCAGAACAGGGAGUUCCGCUAUGAGCUGUAGACGGCCGGAGACGGUCGGCGAGAGGCUGGCGGGGUCGCUUUUGCUCAGGAGGGACGCGGGGCACGGCACAGACGGAUGUAUUGUUAGUAGCGGGAGUCGCUCGGAUGUACAACUAGUAGAGCGAAGAAGGUCGGCGCAUCUACCAUUCCUAGCUAAUGGGCAGGUAGUGUAGCGAUGGUAUAUGCCGGGUCGUGUGGGAUGAGAAUACCCCCUGUUUACGCGCCGAUAUAUCGUGUUGAUUCUAGACUUUGAAAAUUAGCAUCGUGAUAUAUACACCCUAUCUCUCGAGGUUUCGUUCGUUGACCUGCUGCGUGCGUGUUUCCUACGACGGGUCCGUCCCAGAAGUAUGAGGUCUACGCGACACCGUCGGCUGCGCCACGGCGAAAGGCUACCGGACCCCCCGAGGGGACCGGUGUUCAGACAGAACCCAGGCCAUCGCGCUCAGCGGCCCAGAGCCAAGCAGGCACCGCCUUAGUUGCCGGCCCAGGAGGUUAUGGGGGCUGCCCGGGGAAGGAUGGAAGAGCGCGGGGGUCGGAUGAGGGAGAGACGAGCCAGGCACGAGAACUGAAGUCGGCGCGUA